AUGGCAGACCAGUGGGAUAACUUUCAAUUCGCUCUUCCACAUCCCCAUCUCACAGCAUAUCGAAUAUAUCGUUCGGCGGACGGAGACGCAGCAACAUCAGCGAACUUCAAGAUUGAGCUUGUGAAAGAUCAGCCAGAGAAGAAUAUAAAAUCAAGAGCUUCAAGCCCACUUUAUAAUUCAAAUGUCUUGUUCAGCCAUCUACUAAGAGGAGACAACAUAUCAAUUGACGAUAAUACGCCGUGGGCGAGAGCUCGUCGGGCUCAAUAUGCGACGGUCCAAUGGCAAGGAAACACACCUCCAACGCUGGCUCAAAUUUGGCUUAUUAUAUACGCUUCCCUAUCACUUUCGCCUGAUCACGAGUAUUUCCGUCUGAAUCUUCAAGGUAGUGGAAAUGAAGAGCUCCGAAAAGACCUCAUUUCCGUUGGUCUUGCUCGCCAACACCCUCUUCCAGUGGAUGCGAAAUCACAAACACCUUCAGACGAGAUCCUCAUACUGCGCGGAACCUUCUGGCAAGGAGCUGGCUCUCCAUCUGGACCAAGACCAGUAUGGCUUGCGGACCAAAUAUCCCUCAAAACAACUCCAAACGAACUAUCUUCAUACCCAUUGAUGCCACUCACAUACACCCAGACCACCAAAUUCCCAACCACUCGAAUCUACGCACAUCACCCAGUGCGACCAGCAAAGCCAACGCCUGGAUCCGUCAUCUACAGCCGCUACAUUCCUCAUCUCCAAGAAGAUUUUUCUAUGGUAGCACUGGAUUACGAGAACCCUGAACACCUGAAUCUGUUCCACACAUGGCAGAAUGAUCCACGUGUCGCACAGGGUUGGAAUGAAACUGGGAGCUUGGAACAGCAUAGAACUUAUUUGAAGAACUUGCAUGAGGACCCUCACAUCAUCACUCUUCUUGCUAAGUUUGACGAUGUUUUCUUUGCUUAUUUCGAGGUAUACUGGGCAAAGGAGGACACACUAGGAGCAUACUACGACGCAGGCGACUUUGAUCGCGGACGACACUCUCUGGUCGGUGACAUCCGCUAUCGCGGCCCUCACCGAGUAAGUGCAUGGUGGUCGAGUCUCAUGCACUAUAUCUUCCUCGACGAUCCACGCACCACCUGCGUAGUUGGCGAGCCGCGGGCGACCAACAGUAGAGUGCUGGCGUAUGAUCUUGCACAUGGAUUCAAUAUUGAGAAGUUUGUGGACUUUCCGCAUAAGAGAAGUGCGUUUGUCAGAUGUCCUAGAGAAAAGUUCUUCAACAUUUGUCCGUUUGAAUGGGAUGGUGGCAGGAGUUUGGAGGAGGCGGAUACGUUUUAUCAGGCUGCUAGGGGGUCUAAGUUGUAG